AUGGUUGGGGAUCACUGCAGCCUCCCCGCUGAACGGCCUGUCCUCGCCCAGAGCCCCAAACCCGGACUCAGCUGCAAAAUGGUGCUGCAGGCGGUGGGCAAAGUGCUACGGAAGUCCAAGGGAAAGCCAAACGGUAAAAAGCCAGCACCAGAAGAGAAGAAACUUUACCUGGAGCCAGAAUACACAAAAUCCAGAAUUACUGACUUUGAAUUUAAGGAACUAGUGAUGUUACCCCGAGAAAUAGACCUCAACGAGUGGCUAGCCAGCAACACAACAACGUUCUUUCACCACAUCAACUUACAGUACAGCACAAUCUCAGAGUUCUGCACGGGAGAGUCGUGCCAGACCAUGGCAGUGUGCAACACACAGUACUACUGGUAUGAUGAGCGGGGGAAGAAGAUCAAGUGCACUGCUCCUCAGUACGUCGACUUCGUCAUGAGCUCGGUGCAGAAGCUGGUGACAGAUGAGGACGUCUUUCCCACUAAAUACGGCAAGGAAUUCCCAAACUCAUUUGAGUCCCUAGUGAAGAAGAUCUGCAAGUACCUGUUCCACGUGCUGGCCCAUAUCUACUCCUCACACUUUAAGGAGACUUUGGCACUGGAGCUGCACGGACAUUUAAACACACUCUACACACACUUUAUCCUAUUCAUCAGGGAGUUCAACCUCGUGGACCCUAAAGAGACCACCAUCAUGGAUGACCUCACAGAGGUCCUCUGCAGCAGCAGCAGCAGCAGCGGGAGCAGCAGUAACGGGAGCGGCAACGGGAGCAGCAACGGCGCAGGAGCACAGAACCACGUGAAAGAGAGAUGAGCCCUCCUGCAGGACCCAAAGUACCAGGACAAACAAUCCUAUCUCCUCUGUGUGGACAUGUAUGUAUAUGGUCAGCUAUACAUACAGGGCUACCCGGCCAGGACAGCUGCCACCAGGGGCCGUGUGGCCGCUGGGGACUGGAUGGAGCCUCGGGGCCACGCGCCGCCAGCGAGAAGUUGCACCAGUUUGAUUUUGUUUCCUGUCCACUCCUCCUUUCACCUGCUCAGAUGGAUGGUGAGUGCUGGCUUGAGAGAAGAGCCAGGCUGGAGAGUGGGGCCACGCUUGGCUUUGGGUUUGGUUUUUUUUUUUUUGGUUGGUUUAUUAUUUUUAUUUUGGUUGGUUGGUUGUUUUAUUUUGGUUUUCUCUCUUUGGUCUUGAGUGCAAGCCCUUUGUCUUUCUAGGAUGGUGGUCCUGCCAUUUAAAAAAUAUCUAUUAUAUUCUAAGAAGUGACUUUUACUUUGAAGUGGCUUAAAAAUGCAGGUUUGUUUGGGGUUGUUUUGGGUGUUCUUUUUUUGUUUGGUUUUAUUUUUUUUGGGGGGGUGGGUAGGGUUUAUUUUGGUUUGGUUUUACAUAGACUGCCCCCUUACCCUGCCAAAAACUCCCCAGUUCGGUGCAUCUUGCCCUUUGUUAGCUUGGAAUGGGAAGAAACUCCUGGCUUGACCAGAGUAGCAACUAGGGGCUUGCUACGUGUUGGAAGUGGUGCUGGUUCUCCAGUUGUCCCACUGACCCGGUCACAACCUGUCAACGUGCAAGAGGAUCCACGAGCCUAGCUGCUUAUUGCUCCUACAACGUAUAUACUCCUUGCUGCCCCAGCUCCUCUUCUCCCAGGCACACCUCUACAACUCAAGAGUAAGAUCCCUGGAGUCCCAAAACCCACGUGCAAGAGCCACCACCGUUUGCAUCCCCUUGAACGGAAGCCCGGGGAGGGGGGAGAAGGGUACAUUGAGUCAGUCACUGCCUGUGCUAGAAAAUGGCUGUUGGCAUAAAAUUAUAUUGUUGGCUUAUUUUAGUUCAUCUGUUCUAUAAUAAUAAAAA